UCUGUUUGUGGUCCAAAAUCCAUUAUCAUUUCAGAUGUGGAAAUGGAAUGGUUUUAAAGAAGACAAAAGGCUUCCUUACUAUUGGGAAGACCACCUAUAGUUAUUUCUUUAAGCUGUUCACUGUCAAUGGGGAUCGGUCUCUCAGUUUUGUGUGUAACUUCACGGUGUGUGAUACAAAGUGUAAUGGGCCGUCGUGUUUUGCGAGGGCAUCGGGACGCAAACGCCGAGAUCAGCCAGGUAUUUGUCAACAGUUCAAUGGGAAAGUGAGAGUACUGGGACAUUUUGUUGGGUUCGAAGGGCCAUGUCGUGAACGCAGUCACGUUGACUAGUGAUCCUGUUAACGUCCAGGAGAUAAUGGCCCCAGUUCAACUGCUCAAAGCUCACCGGUCACGUGUUCGACGCAACCAGUAAACUGUACCUAAUUGGUGGUUGGGUUAAUAAAAUUAUAAAA